GCUCUCUGUGUUUUCUGAUGCUUCAGAGAAAAUAAUUGCAGCAGUCGCUUACCUAAAAACAGUUGACUCAGAUGGUAACUGUCAUAUAGGGUUCAUCGCAGGCAAAGCAAGGUUAGCUCCACGACCAGAGCUCACUAUACCGCGACUGGAAUUAUGUGCGGCAGUGUUGGCUGUGAACAUAAUGGAAACCAUUACUGAGGAGAUUGCUGUUAAGUUUGACAAGAUAAACUUCUACACAGAUAGUCGAGUUGUUCUUGGCUAUAUCUACAAUGAGGAACGCAGAUUUCAUGUCUAUGUGAGCAACCGAAUACAGAGAAUUCGGAGAAGCACUACUCCAGAUCAGUGGCAUUAUGUAAGUUCAGAGCAUAACCCUGCGGAUAUUGCAACACGGCCCAUAGCACCCAUGAAGUUGCAAAACACAAUCUGGUUCAGUGGACUUGCAUUUUUGCAUCGACCAAAGACAGAGACUGUCGCUAAAGCUCCCUAUGCACUUGUCGAUCCUGAGCAGGAUGUAGAAAUUCGUACACAUGUAACAGUGUUGAACACCACUGUCUCAAAACGCUUUGAACGAUUUUCUGAUUGGAGUCGUUUGAUCAGAGCUAUAGGCAAGUUGAUUCACAUUGCAUGCUCUUACAAGCAGGACCCGAACAGCAGCACUCCAACGUGCAAGGGUUGGCACUGUUGUGAGUUGCCCCUGAGUACUGACACAAUACAUCAGAGCAAAGUUGUUGUUGUGAAAGCCAUACAACGGGAAAUGUACGCUGAAGAGUUGCAGUGUCUGAAACAGAACAAAUCGCUUCCAAAAACUAGCACGCUUCAGAAACUAGACCCUUUCGUGGAUGAAAGUGGUCUCUUAAGGAUUGGUGGUUGUCUGCUCAAUGCCGAUUUAAGCUCUGGAGAAAAGAGGCCCCUCAUCAUACCUGGUAAGAGCCAUGUAGCCUUACUCUUGAUACGACACUUUCAUGAGCAAACUCAUCACCAAGGUCGUCACCUUACAGAGGGUGCGAUAAGAUCUGCCGGCUAUUGGAUAAUAGGAGGUAAAAGACGGGUGAGCAGUCUCAUCCAUUCCUGUGUUGUAUGUCGUAGACUCAGGCGGGGUUGUGAAACUCAAAAGAUGGCAGAUCUGCCCAAAGACAGACUCAGUGCAGAGCCUCCUUUCACGCAUGUGGGAAUAGAUGUGUUCGGGCCCUGGUCAGUGUCUGCUCGAAAAACAAGAGGUGGCAUAGCAGAAAAUAAAAGAUGGGCAGUGUUAUUCAUGUGUCUAAGUAUCAGGGCCAUUCACAUAGAGGUGAUUGAAUCUCUGAGUACUUCUAGCUUUAUUAAUGCCUUAAGGAGGUUCUUGGCAAUCCGGGGUCCAGUGAAACAGAUUCGCUCAGAUAGAGGAACUAAUUUCAUUGGAGCUUGUAAAGAUCUACAGAUAUCUUCUAAUGUGGAUGAAAAGGCAGUGGAACGUUUCCUGUCAGAUCAGGGGUGUGUGUGGACAUUCAACCCUCCCCAUUCAUCGCAUAUGGGUGGCGCGUGGGAAAGGAUGAUUGGACUCACUCGUAAGAUCUUGGAUUCUAUGCUCCUUCAGACGACGUCCUCCAAACUCACUCAUGAGGUACUUUCCACCUUUAUGGCCGAAGUCACUGCCAUUAUAAACAACAGACCUUUGAUACCUGUGUCGACUGAUCCGGCGGAUCCUUUCAUCUUAACACCAGCAACAGUACUUACCCAAAAGUCUGGUACCGACUUACUUCCUCCUGGGAAUUUUGAGAAGCCUGGUCUAUACAAACAACAGUGGCGUAUGGUUCAAAGCCUUGCAAGUAUGUUUUGGGACAGAUGGCGUAAACAGUACCUCGCUACACUACAGUACAGGCGGAAGUGGCAACAUCAACAACCCAACGUCUCCAAAGGAUGUAUAGUCCUGCUCAAAGACUCUCAGUCCAAACGGAAUGACUGGCCCUUGGGUAUCAUAACGGAAACUUACCCUGGUCAGGAUGGACGAGUCAGGAAAGUACAAGUGAGGAUCAUUGGGAAAGAUGGUCCCAAAUUGUUUCUCAGACCAAUUAAUGAGAUGAUACUACUCCUCCAUGACGAUCCUAAACAGGAUGUUAAAAAUUAAAAGGAAGAGAGAGUUUGGUAUUUUUAGAAUACCAGACGGGGAGUGUG